ACCAACUAAAGGAAAAGAAAGAAACAUCAUAAACCGACGAAAUAUCCCCCAAAGAAUCUGUGUAAAAGUGCAAAGAGACAAGGCGGAGAAUGCGCCCAAAAAAUCCAAGGAGAAAAAAAACAGAAAAAACAUUUGGCUGGGUGCGGUGAUCUUGAACCCGGGCUCAACUCCGCGUAACGGUGCAUCGGCAAGUGCAGGAAGAAAUGGGUGAAGUUGGAAUAGAGGAGGAGGAAGGAGAAGAAGGAUGAGGAGCGCGAAGAGGCCGUUGCAUUUCUUUUGAUUGCUUGUGUAUCAUCUUCGGGGAUCUCUCUGCGCCCACUCUUUUUGCGGGCAUUUUCCGCUCAUUUUUGGCGCAGCCUCCCAAAAGAUCUCAAGUUUGCAAUACCAGAACAUGUGUGAAAUUUUAUUUAUAUAAUAGUAUAUAUUCAGUUUCAGUUUAAAAAAUAUUCUCACAGCGACUAGUUGUGCGUGCAGGCAAAAAGACAGAGCAUCGCGAGCGAAAGAGAGCGGCGAACAUCGCACUGGCGGAGCGUCGUCGUGUGUUGCGCAGGCAAUCUUAAUUAAUUUAUUUACGUCUAUAUUGAUUUUUUAAAGUAACAGCCACAGCUACAGUUAGCCAUAAUAGCCAGCUACUAGAAAGCAGACGCAAACCCAAGCGCAAGGCGGAGCAAAGAGCGCGCGUUUUAAUAGGUAUAAAAAUAAAAAUACACACUAAAACCAACCUGAGGCGAAUCUAAAUUGUAUUUCCCGAGGGCUGGAGGAGGAAUGGAGCACCUGUCGCACUUGUAUCCACCGCAGCUGCCAAAGGGGCGUGGUCGGCCUCGAGCCACAUACGCCCAAACGGGCGAAUUCGAUCUGAGUCUGAUCCGGGAAUACCGAUCGCACUCAGUGCUGUAUGAUAGGAACAACAAGCGGUUCAAGGACAAGCUGUAUGUGGCCCAAAUAUGGGAAGAGAUAGCCCACAAACUGGGCUACGAUGCCACCAGUAUAAGGGAACGCAUGACCACGUUGAGGAACCGCUAUAACAUCGAGAAGCGACGCGUCGAGAAUGGCCUUUCCACACAGUCUUCACAAUGGCCUCUAUUCGAAAGCCUCCAGUUUCUGGGGGAUCACAUACGGCCCAGGCGCAGCUUUAAGAACAUGAGCGUAAAGGAGGAUGAUGAGGAGACAUACGAGGUGGACGAUUGCCGGAGCGACAGCAACGGGCAUUUGACCAGCAUUAAGGACGAACUGGAGGACGACUGCGAGAUCUUUGAUUGCGAGCAGGCGCUUCCCGUGACCACAGUGCUGGGGAUUCCCCUGAAUUCCUCUGACGAAGCCAACAAAGGCCAGCGGUCCGCGAAUGGUGAAAUGCCCAAUGGCAAGAGCUACAAUCACUUUGCGGAAAGCUAUCACCGACGACAACAAAACCACCAGCCGGAGUACAUCAUCAGUAGUCCGAUUGUUAAUCCCAUGAGAAGUAAUAAGCGUGGAGCACAGGCGCUGGACGAUCAUCCGUCGAAGCGUCGAGUCGACGACGGUCUGUCGAUAUCGGGAUUCUAUCCAACACCACCUCUAGCCCCAUUGCCAGCAGCGUACGCCAAAUUCCGGGGAUUCGGCGAGUUCAUGUGCCACUCCCUCUGCGAUAUGCCAGCGCCCACUGCCUUGCGCCUGGUCCAGAAGUUCACCCGCGAACUGGUCCAGUCCUCGCUUCGCAACGAGGAAAGCGGCAGCAAACGAAAGGCGGAUCAGGUCGAUCCGGUUGAUCAGAGCAGCGAGUCGCAGGAGGAGGACGAGUAGAUUUAAGUUGCACUUUUAAAUUACGGGUAGGGAUAUUGGCACGCGUGUCUACAUCUAUGCAUAUAGCAUAAUAGCCGCAUUAAUGACAAAUUCGAUUACUCCAUUUAUGAUUUAAUUAUACUCUUUUGAGUCUUCUAGCCUCGCAGUAACCGGGGUGGAAGAUACAAGCAUUUCAUUUAUUAACAUAAUGGAAAAAUACACACA